UUCUGGACUCAAUGACACAAGUAUGACCCAUUUGACUUGGGGUCUUGUCAACGACACUUACAGAAUGGACCUCAUCCUUACACACCCACCUUAUCUCAUCACGCUCGCUUGCAUUUACAUUGCUUUUGUUUACAAAGAGAAAUACAUAUGGACAUGGUUUGAAGAGCUCUCUGUGGACAUGAACAUUGUGAAGAAUAUCGCAAUAGAGAUAUUAGAUAUCUAUGAAAACCACAGAAUGUUCACUGAAGAGAGAGUUCACGCCGCCUUCAACAAACUUGCUACAAGUCCAUAA